AUGAAUAAUAAGUCAGGUUUAGCUUCAACUGAUUUUGCUACAAAUGCCAUUGCAAAAUUAAGGCGAUUAAAAAUACAAGAAAGUGUUCUAAAUUCAUCAGUUCAUAAAGUAUUUUCAACGCCACACGAACAUGAAGAGUUCCGUACCACAUUUAAAGGAAAUAAUGAGUUGAAGCAAUAUUUAAAUACAAUUAAAAACUCUUUUAUAGAAAUUAAAAAUUUGUUGGAAGAUGUAAAAAUUUCAACAAACUCCAGUGAAACUAUAGGACAACUCGAUAUUAAUGAAGUAAAAAGAGAUGUUUUGAACCUGGAAGCAAAACUCACAUCUUUUAAAUCGUUUUUACAAAAGGAAAUAGCAACUCUUAAAUUUCAUUUUAAUGAAAUUCAGGGUGAGUUAAAAGGUAAACGAUUUGAAGAUCAUAAGAAGAACUACAAGCCAAAUAAACAAACUACUAAACAGUACACAGAAAUCGUUCCCAGUCCAGUUAGAGUUCUUAUAAAUUCUCCGUUUAAAUGUCCAGAAGUGGAAAAUUUUCAAGCGUUCAUAAUGAACAGCCAACGUUAUGGCGGAUGGAACGAAUAUAACCACAACAUUUUUGUUCAAAUAUGGAACAAACAUUUUCACAUGGAUAAUGUCGACGUUCUCAUAAAUGUAUGUAACUCCGACGAAAACAUCGAUCGCAUCCAAAGCUUUAAUGAGGAGGUUUUACAAAAAAUUCCAGGUACAACCUUGAAAGAUAUUAUAUCACAUAAUAAAUGGUAUUCAGAAUAUGUAUACUUAAAAAGUUGUCAGCAAAGGGCGCUUGAGAAGUGGAAGGAUAAUAAAAGAAAAAUUAAGAAAACCUGUCAACAGCAAAACGCAAAACAUGACCUGCAGUCAAACAGAUUAUCAAUGUCAUCUGGUACUGCUAAAAGCUUAAUGAAGAAACGAGAUAUUAAUAAAGAUGUUCGUGCAGAAAGACACUUUCCCGACAAUUCUAUUAGCGGAAGCAAUAGAAAAUGUAAUAGUGAGAUAAAUAUUGCCACCAUCCAAAAAUUUACAAGUAAUUCCAUCAAAGUGCUAAGGACAUCAAGAAAGUGUUCAAUGACCACAACACCCACUCAACAAUGGACGAAUAAAGGCGAAUGUAAAAAGGAAGAUAUACUGUUCUUUGCAAAUGUUCAGAAAAAAAGACAACUGUAA